AUGUCUGCAGUCAACAGCCUCCGUCGCAUAGUUCCUAUUUGGAAUGUGGCAGAAAUGCGAAAAGCUCGACAAGAGCUUUUCCAGAGGCUGUCUACUACAGAACUUGCAGGUCUUGUUGCUGCAUGGUUUGGAACGGCUAGGUGGUCAAGGAGAGAAGACUGUUAUAAGCUUAUUACGAGAGCCCUCGACGAGACUGCCGGAGACUCUCUGCGCAAGAACGUACGAAGGUUACAAGGAUCGAGAUGCGAGCAGUUGACAGAGGCCCUUAUCUCAAUGGCGGAAUAUGAAAAGAAAUUCAGAGACGGGCUACUUAAUAUAUCCACAACAAUUGAAAUUCCAGAGAUCUACCUUCCCCAGGACAUACCAAAUGAGAAAGUGCCAUAUCCCGGUUUUAUAGACGAAGAACAGGGAUCUUGCACGUUGGUAAACCCCUGGGAUAUUACCCAGAACCCGACUUUCUAUAGUCAGGAGACAAAGAAGACCCGUCUGUGGUCUCAACAAACGCUUGAUAAGCUAACGUAUCAGGCUCUAAGCGUGCUUUUGAAAUGUCUUUUGAGCUAUAUUGAGCCGCGUUUUCGAGAGGUAUACUCUCAUAAGCGCGGGAUAGUCCCAAGUUGGUGGCCUCGCGCAAUAAAGUUCAAAGGCAAGAAUAACUAUGACAAAGCCGUGACUGUUGCAUUGAUACUUUAUAUUAUAUUCGACUUGCACUCGGAAGGCUUCCGAGUUGUCCAUGCAAUAGAUGCAAUAAAACUCCAUCCCAGGCUCAUCCCCCAGGCCAAGGAGAUCCUAUACUCGAUAAUGUUUGUUCGACAGUUAGAAGAAUCAUACCGAGGAGACCUUUGCAGCACAGUGGUAAGAGCAGAAAUGGCCGUAAUGGGCAGAGGGGUUGCCCAAGGAGUACCGACAGACCCAACAAGCAAACCCAGUGCUAUACGACAGGCUACUGGAAUACCACACCCUUCCAUUUCCACCGAAGGCACGGCUGAAAGGCCUUACUACAUUGUCCUGGGAGUCAACAGCCAAGGGAACUUUUUUCGCUCAGUAUCAAGAUCACUCAAUAUUGACAACCUUAGUUUGUCGGCCGCCGAGGAAAGCUUCAGGCAGGAAGUGUCCAGGGUGAAGGAGCAACGGAGAGCUUACCUGUCGCAAGUCCUAUAUUGA